GUCUAUUAGAAAUUCUAGGUUAAGAUUGAUAUUAUGAAAAAAUGUUUCCAGAGGGACACAGAUUCUUCCCCGUCACCGCAACCCUCUUCACUGUCACUCUAGCUCGACCACAAUAUAAUUACCCAACUCCUUCUCAGUUACCAAGUGGUAAUUAUGGAGCACCAAGUGGAGGAGGAUUUGGAGGUGGAAUUGGAGGAGGCGGAUUAGGGGGAGGAAUUGGAGGAGGUGGACUAGGGGGAGGCAUUGGAGGAGGAGGCAUCGGAGGAGGAAUUGGAGGCGGUGGCAUAGGAGGAGGCAUUGGUGGAGGCGGUAUUAGUGAGGGAAUCAGCGGAGGAGGAAUUAGUGGAGGCGGAAUUGGAGGAGGCGGAAUUGGAGGAGGCGGGAUUGGAGGAGGCGGACUUGGAGGAAGUGGAUUUGGAGGAGGUAUCGGUGGCGGAGGAGGUGGAGGAGUGCUUGUUCAAAAACAUAUCUACGUACACGUAGCCCCACCAGAACCCGAAGAAAUUAGACCACAAGGGCCCAUCUCAGUAGGCCAAGCUACCAAACAUUACAAAAUCAUUUUCAUUAAGGCUCCUUCGGCGCCAGCACCUACUGCUCAGUCCAUUGCUCUAGCUGCUCAAAAUCAAGAAAAAACCAUUAUCUACGUAUUGGUUAAGAAACCAGAAGCAGGUGCUGACAUUAGCAUACCAACAAUAGCACCAACUCAACCCUCGAAACCUGAAGUUUACUUCAUUAAAUAUAAGGCUAAAAAUGAGGUUGUAGGUGGAGGAACUAGUAUUGGUACUUCUGGAAGUAGCAUAGGAGGAACAACUGGCAUUGGUGGACCUAUCGAAACCGGUAGCAGUGGAAGCAAUAUUGGAAGUUCUAUUCAAACAGGUUCAAGUGGUAUUAGUAACAUAGGAGUUGGUACUGGAAGUAUCGGAGGAAGACCGUCAACUCAGUACGGACCACCAGGUCAGAGCGGGCCUUAUUAGUGUUUCUAAUAUUUAGAUUCAUUGAAUGUGAUUUAUUAAACGUUAUUGGUUAAUUAAAUAUUUAAUUUAAUUAUAGUGAACACAGUAGGUACCUCUGAAUUUGAUUGUACAUUUUCCAGAGAAAACAGUAAAUACUACUGAAUAUCCAUUUAUGUUGACAAUCCAUUUAGAAUUAUUUUAAAAUUCCUUUAUUAAAACAAAUGAAAAUGAAAUCAACCAAAGCUAUAUUUAUUAUAAGUUGAGAAAAAUCAUUACAUAUGGCUUGAGGUUGCUAUCAAUACAUUUUUUAAUAAAACUGAAUUAUUAAUUGCAGCUUAAAAAGUAUUUAUUGGAUUUUUGUAUUAUAUAUCUUAAAUCCAUGAGUCCAAAAAAAAUUAAGCAAUGAAUCAAAUUUUAAGUAUUUUUACAACAAACUUGUUGAGAUAUACAAUUUCAUAUAACACACUUUUUACUGAAAGGGGUAAAUAAAUAUUAAAUUAACCAUCAAUAAUUGGAAAAGCCUAUAAUAUUUCUCAUAAUUGGAUCUCAUCCAGUUUAUUAUGUUCUAUUUUUUUAUACCUGAAUUAUACUAUUAUUGUAACUGGAUAUGAUCCAGUUAAAUUAUUUUCUAUUUUUUUAUAAAUGAAUUAUACUAUUAUUGUACAUAAUUUUCGUUAUAUUAUUAUAAAUAUGUUUUUAGCAAAUACGGUG